AUGAGCUUCGCUACUCAGACUGGCAAGGACAACCUUCUCGCUAAGCACGACGACGACGUCGUCAUCUGUGCUGCCCUCCGUUCGCCUGUUACUAAGGCCAAGAAGGGUGGUCUCGCGCAGGCUGCUCCUGAGGAGGUUCUCGGGAACGUCCUCAAGGCUGUCAUCGCCCAGAGCAAGGUCGACCCCAAGCUGAUCGAGGAUGUCGCUAUCGGCAACGUCCUUCCCCCGGGCGGUGGUGCCACCUCGGCCCGCCAGGCCGCCCUCUGGGCCGGCAUCCCCAACUCGGCUGCCGUGAACACUGUCAACCGCCAGUGCUCGUCGGGUCUUGCCACCGUUAACCAGAUCGCCAACGAGAUUCUCACUGGCCAGAUCGACAUUGGUAUCGGUGGUGGUGUCGAGUCCAUGACCAUCAACUACGGUGCUGGUGUCAUGCCCACCAAGAUGUCGGAUGCCGUCAUGGAGAACGAGGAGGCUGCCGACUGCAUGCUCCCCAUGGGUAUCACCUCGGAGAACGUCGCCAAGGAGCACAACGUUACCCGUGAGAAGCAGGACGCUUUCGCUGCCGAGUCCUUCCGCCGCGCCUUUGACGCCCAGAAGGCUGGCAAGUUCCAGAGCGAGAUUGUCCCGAUCAAGUACGUCGACGACGACGGCAACGAGCGCAACGUUGUGGAGGAUGACGGUAUCCGUGGUGGCGUUACCAAGGAGAGCCUCGCCAAGCUUAAGCCUGCCUUUGCCAAGGACGGCUGCACCCACGCCGGUAACGCCUCGCAGGUCAGCGACGGUGCCGCCGCUGUGCUGCUCGCCCGCCGCAGCGCUGCCAAGAAGCACAACCUCCCCGUCCUCGCCAAGUUCUGCGGUGGUGUCGUUGUCGGUGUGCCCCCCAACGUGAUGGGUGUCGGCCCCGCCUUCGCCAUCCCCAAGCUGCUCGAGAAGGCCCACAUCAAGACCACGGACGUGGACCUCUACGAGAUUAACGAGGCCUUCGCUUCGCAGGCUCUCUUCUCGUGCGAGCACCUCGGCCUUGACCUCGCCAAGGUUAACCCCGUUGGUGGCGCCAUUGCCCUGGGUCACCCCCUGGGUGCCACCGGCUCGCGCCAGAUUGCCACCGCCCUCGCCGAGGCCAAGCGCAACGGCCAGAAGCUUAUUGUUACUUCCAUGUGCAUUGGUACUGGUAUGGGUAUGGCUGCUCUCAUUGUCAACGAGCAGUAA